CCCGUUGAAAGGGGUUGCCGCGGGGUGGGGUGCGCAGAGUAUCGGCGGGAUGGAGAAGAGCAGCUACGCCAUGGCCAAGUUUGGUCUGGAAGCCAAGGAGGCGAUACCCAAGCGGGACUGCGGUUUUUACGUGAAGUAUAUCUUCCUCUUCACCUCCCUCAUCCAGUUCCUCAUCAUCCUGGGGCUGGUGCUGUUCAUGGUGUACGGCAACGCGCAGGCGGGCACCGACACGCACCUCCGGCUGCUGGAGGAGCAGCUGCAGGAUCGUUACAACAAGAUCAUCACCCUCAGCGGGAGGAACAUGAACCUCACGCGCACCCUCAACGCCACCCUCAAGGAGAAGCAAGGGCUGCAGGUCCUCGCCCAGAAGGUGCAACGGGACCUGGAUAAGUGCAACAGCACCCAGGCCCCCAACCCCAUCCCCAAGCUGCAGGAGAUGAUGAAGAUCAUCUUCUACCAGAAGACGAAGCUGGACGAGUGCCACAUGACCAUCAGCCUCAUCAACGCCAGCUGCAGCGCCGAGAAGGCGCUGCUGCGGAGCAAGCUGGACCAGACAGCCCUGGCCAAGAAGGAGCUGGAGGACAACUGCCACAAAUCGGGCACCAUGCUGACCAAAGCCACCCAGGAGCAGGAGAGCUGCCAGCAGGACCUGCUCACCACCAAGACGGUCUGCGAGUCCACCAAAACCAACCUGGAGCUGCUGAAGCACGAGUGCGGUACCUUGAGGUCCGACAUGAGCUACUCCUUCCAGCGCAUCAAGGACAUGCUGAGCCCGUACAGCUGCAGCACCGUCCACGAGCAGCUCAACCGGUUGACGCAGCGGACGGAGGGGCUUUUCCUCUGGCAGCAGGAUCGGGAGACCAAGUACGUGGGGAAAAGCGUCUGCGACAUGAACGUGCUCCAGUGUCGCAUCAACUGCUCCAGGGAGAAGCAGGACCUGGAGAAGCGGCUGCAGGACAUCGAGAAACAGGUCAAGAGCGGCCAGGAGGAGAAGAAGAAGCUGUUGGCGGAGAAGGAGCAGCUUGGCAAGGAGUUGGAGGAGAAGAGCAAAGCCGCUGCGCAGGCUGGGUACUUCAAGGACCAGCUCAACAUCUGCAUGGGCACCAAGAUGGACACCUUCUUCGACAUCACAGGCUCGCGGGUGCUGGCGAGCGGCGGGCGGCCGGGACCCUUCGCCAGCACGGGCUCCUACGCGGAUGCUCUGAGGAACCAGGGCAUCUUCGGGAAUAUGGGCAAAAUCAACACGGAGGAGAUCCAGCGCUCGGUGCAGAAGAUCAUGGAGCAGUACACGUCCACCCUGAAGAACCCCAGCGGCUAGCGGCCAAGCGGCGCACGGAAAACAGCGGCGAGGGGCUCAAGGACAAGCCCAGGAGGUGCUUCUCGCGGCACGGAUGGCAAACCCCAACGGCAGCGAGUGGCCGGCACCUCCUCGGGAGGGGGCCACCAGCGCGGUGGGGGCCAGAGCCACCCUCCCCUGUCCCCUUCCCCGAGCCCCGUCCCCUGUCCCCUCCCGCAUGCUUGCCUUCCCCCAGCGUGUACCCGACCGCCUGGAGACGGGGCGGUUGGCAGCUGUAAAUACAGGCGGCCCUGAGCACCAA